AAAAUAUAGAAAAUAGAAUUCGGCACCCAGUUGGGACGCUAACUGAGGCUUCAAGCCUGCAACUUUAAAAACAGAAGUGGAAGAAAUGGUGGAGAAUCAUUGAACCCUAGAAAUCCUUUAGAAUGCAUUGGAGGGUUCAACAUCAAAAAAGCUAUGCUUGAAAAGCUUUUAGGAUGCAUUCGAGGCUAGCAUUUCUCUUGCUUUCCUCCCCAUUCAAACCAAGGCUUUCACGCCCGCCUACUUUUUCUUUCCUCUCUUCUCUCCCCACUCCUUCUUCCUUCAUUCGCCGCCGGGGACUUUGCGGAUACGCCGCCGAGCAGUUCUCCGAUGAUGAGUACGACUGCGAUUUUGAGAGCCAUAAGGCAUCAUCCUCAGUGGCGAACAUUGAUGAGUGGAAAUGGAAACUCAGCCUGCUAUCACGCAAUGAACAAGAUCAAGAGAUUGUGUCCAGAGAUAAAAAAGAUAGGAGAGACUAUGAGCAGAUUUCUAAUCUCGCCAACAGGAUGGGUCUUUACAGUGAAAUAUAUGGAAAAGUGAUGGUUGUGAGCAAGGUUCCACUACCCAACUACAGACCAGAUCUUGAUGAUAAACGGCCACAGAGGGAGGUAGUUAUCCCACUAAGCUUGCAGAGGAGAGUAGAGGGUCUACUUCAGGAACAUCUUGAUAGAAUGCUGUUGAGUUCUGGAAAGGUCAGCGACUGUUCUGAUGAUGCCAAUGGCAAUGGUGGGUUUGAAGAUGUGAAUCCUGAAGAUAAUCCAGACUCUCUCCUAGAUGGGUCUGUUAUGGAAAAGGUUCUUCAGAGGAGGAGUUUGCGAAUGCGUAAUAUGCAGAGGGCUUGGCAGGAGUCACCUGAAGGUAAGAAGAUGCUGGACUUUAGGAAAUCUCUCCCUGCAUUUAGAGAGAAGGAAAGGUUGCUCCAGGCAAUUGCACGAAACCAGGUUGUUGUGGUUUCUGGGGAGACUGGAUGUGGUAAGACGACUCAACUUCCUCAAUACAUAUUGGAGUCGGAAAUUGAAUCUGGUCGUGGAGCAUUCUGUAGCAUAAUUUGUACUCAGCCUCGAAGAAUAUCUGCUAUGUCUGUUUCUGAAAGGGUGUCUACAGAGAGAGGAGAGCCUCUGGGUGAAUCAGUUGGCUAUAAAGUUCGAUUGGAGGGAAUGAAAGGAAAAAAUACCCAUCUACUUUUCUGUACCAGUGGUAUUUUGCUUCGAAGGUUGUUGAGUGACCGCAACCUGAAUGGUAUAACCCAUGUUUUUGUUGAUGAAAUUCAUGAGCGAGGCAUGAAUGAAGAUUUCCUAUUGAUUGUGUUGAAGGACCUUCUCCCACGUCGUCGGGAUUUGAGAUUGAUUUUAAUGAGUGCUACUCUUAAUGCUGAGCUCUUUUCCAAUUUUUUUGGUGGAGCACCAACAAUUCACAUUCCGGGCUUUACAUAUCCAGUGAGAGCCCACUUUCUGGAAGAUGUGUUAGAAAUGACAGGAUAUAAGUUGACUUCAUUCAACCAAAUUGAUGAUUAUGGCCAAGAGAAAAUGUGGAAGACUCAGAAGCAGCUAGUACCAAGGAAAAGGAAAAACAAGAUCACUGCUCUUGUUGAGGAUGCUCUUACUAAGUCAAGCUUUGAGAAUUAUAGCUCUGGAGUACGUGAUUCGCUGUCAUGUUGGACGCCUGAUUGCAUGGGAUUUAAUCUUAUUGAGGCAGUUUUAUGCCACAUAUGUCGGAAAGAACGGCCAGGUGCUGUGUUAGUAUUCAUGACAGGUUGGGAGGACAUUAGUUGUUUGAGGGAUCAAAUUAGAGCUCAUCCCCUCCUAGGGGAUCCUAAUAGAGUUCUGCUGCUUACGUGCCAUGGUUCAAUGGCAACUUCUGAACAGAAACUCAUAUUUGAGAAGCCGCCUCCUAAUGUACGUAAGAUAGUUCUUGCAACAAAUAUGGCAGAAGCAAGCAUUACAAUCAAUGAUGUAGUUUUUGUUGUUGACUGUGGGAAAGCAAAAGAAACCACCUAUGAUGCCUUGAAUAAUACCCCUUGUCUACUGCCAUCUUGGAUAUCACAAGCUUCUGCCCGACAAAGAAGAGGUAGGGCUGGUCGUGUGCAGCCAGGGGAAUGUUACCACCUAUACCCCUCAUGUGUUUAUGAAGCUUUUUCUGAAUAUCAACUUCCUGAACUGCUGAGAACUCCUUUGAAUUCUCUAUGCUUGCAAAUAAAAAGUCUUCAGGUUGGGAGUAUUGGAGAAUUCUUAUCAGCUGCACUGCAGCCACCAGAACCAUUGGCUGUCCAAAAUGCUGUUGAUUUUCUGAAGAUGAUUGGAGCUUUGGAUGAGAAGGAAAAUCUUACAAAUCUUGGUGAGUAUUUAUCAAUGCUCCCAGUGGAUCCCAAGCUUGGGAAAAUGCUAAUCAUGGGCACUAUCUUCCGUUGCUUUGAUCCUAUUCUAACAAUUGUGGCUGGACUUAGUGUCAAGGAUCCUUUCCUUUUGCCUCAAGACAAGAAGGAUUUGGCAGGGACAGCAAAAUCUAGAUUCUCUGCAAAAGACUAUAGUGACCACAUGGCUCUUGUUCGUGCAUAUGAAGGAUGGAAAGACGCAGAAAGAGAAGGAUCAGCAUAUGAGUAUUGCUGGAGGAAUUUCCUCUCUGCCCAGACUCUUCAGGCUAUCCAUUCUCUUCGGAAACAGUUUAGCUUCAUUCUAAAAGAUGCUGGCUUACUAGAUGCAGAUGCAAACACCAAUAAUAGAUUAAGUCAUAACCAAUCAUUGGUUCGUGCAAUCAUAUGCUCUGGUCUCUUCCCUGGCAUAGCAUCUGUUGUGCCAAGGGAAACGUCAAUGUCUUUCAAAACAAUGGAUGACGGCCAAGUUUUACUAUAUGCAAAUUCUGUGAAUGCACGUUACCAGACAAUUCCCUACCCUUGGCUUGUCUUUGGUGAAAAAGUGAAGGUCAAUACAGUUUUUAUACGGGAUUCUACUGGGAUAUCUGAUUCAAUACUGAUCCUUUUUGGUGGUACUCUGAGCCGUGGAGCAAUGGCUGAGCAUUUGAAAAUGUUGGAGGGUUACAUUGAUUUCUUCAUGGAUCCUAGUUUGGCAGAGUGCUAUUGGAAGCUUAAAGAGGAAUUUGAUAAGCUUUUACAAAAGAAACUUCAAAAUCCUAGCUUGGACAUCCACAAGGAAGGAAAGUACCUUAUGCUUGGCAUUCAGGAGCUGGUAUCAGGAGAUCAAUGUGAAGGGAGAUUUGUAUUUGGGCGUGAAAGCAAGAAACCAAGGGAGCCUUGUGACAGCAACAGAUUUACAAAAGAUGGAACAAACCCAAAGAGCUUACUACAAACUCUUCUGAUGCGAGCAGGGCAUUCCCCUCCAAAAUACAAAACAAAGCACCUCAAAACAAAUGAAUUCAGGGCACUGGUGGAGUUCAAGGGAAUGCAGUUUGUGGGGAAGCCCAAGAAAAACAAGCAGCUCGCAGAGAGGGAUGCAGCCAUAGAGGCAUUGGCCUGGUUGACUCACACAUCUGACAACAGUCAGGGUGAAUAUGGCGAAGAUGAGUCCCCUCCCGAUGUCACUAACAACAUGCUAAAAAUUCUUGGAAAGCGCAGAAGAUCAAAGCGUAGAUGAUGGAUAAAUUAGCAUUUGCCAUGUUUGUUUUCUUCAGGUAUAUGGGCAAUCUUAUAGUUGCAAGAGAAACUAUAGGUAUUUUCUGUGAAAUUUGCAGCCAAGUUAUAGGUACAUUACACUGUAGUGUAUAUAAGAGGAAAAUUUUUGAACAAUUAGGUGGAGCUUGUCAUUUAUUCCACAACCCAUUCACUUUAUGUAAAAAAAAAAAAAAAAGAUGAAUAAAUUUCUCUAUUCAUAUAUCAA